CAAUUGUUCAUAUUCGUAAACAGAUAAAUAAUAACUCUUUCUGAAUUGAAAUGAAGUAGAAGAAGGAUAAGCAAUCACAAAAUUAUUUUGUUUUGGUCUAAAGGAAAGUAAUUGUCAAGCUUAAGAGAAUAUUUUAUAAAAUAUUGGGUCAAAAUUUUGUAAAAUAUAGUGUCAAAAUUUUGAUCGAAUUGGAGAACGUUUAUACUAGUAGCACCGAUCCUAUUGAAAUAUUGAACACUAGUUCUGUACAUAACUGACGAUGACGAGGCCCUAUUUUAGGAGUCCGUCACGUUCAAGUCCUGCUGUUAUUUUUCUGUUUCAUGGUGAAUUAUUUAGGUCGUUUGAAUGCUGCCGUAUCUGUGGUAGCCAUUACCAAUGCAAACUCAACAAACCCUGACUUUCCGGAAUAUAAAUGGAAUGAAAAACAAAAAUCCUACAUUCUAAGCAGUUUCUAUUGGGGCUAUAAUUUGACUCAAUUUCUAGCAAGUUACUUCUGUCGCACAUUUGGCUCGAAACCAACUUUGCUGCUAUCAACAAUGGGUUCAGCUUGUUUGGCUUUAAUUACCCCAGCUUCGAUAGCUUGGGGUGGAUGGCAAGUCUAUUGUUGUAUUCGAAUGUUUCAAGGACUAUUUCAAGGCAUGGUUAUUCCGUCUAUCCAUGAUCACUUAGCCAAUUGGGCACCUAUCGAAGAACGAACUCGUUUAGGAGCUUUAAGUCUCACAGGAAUGGAAAUGGGAGCAUUAUUUGCAAUGGCAGUUCCUGGUUUAAUUGCACAUUCACGAUGGGGUUGGCCAGGAAUAUCAUUUUUCUCUGGAGGAAUUGGAUUGAUUUGGUGUGGAUUGUGGAUCCUAUUUGCAAAUAGUAAUCCAGUUGUUUCGAGAUUUAUUAGUCAAGAAGAGAAACUAUUUAUAUUAACAUCUCAAAAGAAAACCGAUUGUGACAGACAGAAAAUUCCAAUUCCGUGGAAGGCGAUUUUCACUUCGGUACCAUUUUUAUCUCUUGUAACAGUUCGAAUGGCUGAAUCUUGGGGUUUGUCAACUUUGCAACUUCAAAUUCCAACAUAUUUACAUGGAGUUCUUAAAAUGGAUAUUAAGAGCAAUGCCUUGUUUUCGGCACUUCCUUAUGUGAUGAUGUUCAUCAUGGCGUAUGUGUACUUAAUUUCUGCUGAUAUUGUUUUAACAAAGAAGAUUGUUUCGUUGACGGUGUUGAGAAGAACGCUGAACUCUAUUGCAAUGUGGAUUCCAUCGAUUACUUUAAUAGCUUUGGGUUUUAUGGAUGAGAGUCAUAGACUUUUGGCAAUUAUUUUAGUGACGAUAACAAUUGGUGUAAAUGGCGGAGUAUCAAUUGGAAGUGGCUUGAAUGCUAUCGAUUUGUCAUCAAAUCAUGCAGCUGUUUUGAUGGGAGUGGUCAAUACUGUUGUCAGUCAGACAUUUAUGUUGGCGCCAUUAUUUGUUGGAAUUAUUGUAGAUGAUGAGACGGAUCGAAGUCAAUGGCAGAUUGUUUUCCUUGUUUCUGCUUUAGCGUUCUUUUUGGGAAAUUUACAAUACAUUUUCUUUGGGACAACUAAUACCCAGCCAUGGAAUGAUGAAGAUUUUUAUUUGAUUAAUGUUUUGGAAAAGCCUAAUUUUAUUCAGCCAAAAUCAAAUAGAUCUUCGAAGAGUGUUUGCUAA